AUGGGAAAUAACAGUGAUAACUUACGAGGUGUAAAACAUAUUAUUUUGGUGCUAUCAGGAAAAGGUGGUGUUGGCAAAAGCACUGUCACAACACAGAUAUCACUGUCUCUGGUAUCACUUGGAUAUAAAGUUGGUAUAUUGGAUGUAGAUCUUUGUGGACCUAGCAUACCGAAAAUGUUGAAUGUAGAUGGAAAAGAUAUACAUCAGUGUCCGCAAGGAUGGCUACCAGUAUAUGCAGAUAAUAAUCAGAGAUUAUCCAUUAUGUCAAUUGGUUUUUUAUUGCAUAAUAAAGAUGACGCUGUGGUAUGGAGAGGACCCAAGAAAAAUGCAAUGAUAAAACAGUUUUUAUGUGAUGUACAUUGGGAUGAGUUGGAUUAUCUUGUGAUAGACACACCUCCUGGUACUUCAGAUGAACAUAUAAGUAUAGUAGAAAAUAUCAGACAGUAUAAUCCAGAUGGUGCUGUAUUGGUGACAACUCCACAGGGUGUCUCUGUUAAUGAUGUGAGAAGAGAAGUCACGUUUUGUAAGAAAACAAAAAUACCAGUAAUAGGUAUUGUGGAAAACAUGAGUGGAUUUGUUUGUCCUACUUGCCAGGAAUGUACCAAUAUAUUUUCCAAAGGAGGUGGGGAAGCUCUAGCAAAACAAAUGGAGGUACCAUAUUUAGGUUCGAUUCCAUUGGAUCCAUUAUUAACAAAGUCUAUGGAGGAUGGUGCUACUGAUGUAAGACCACAAGCAGUAGAUGUUAUUGUUCAAAAAAUAACUUCAUAUUGUAAUAGUUCUUUAGAAUCUACCAUGGACACCACAUAACUGUGUUUUUCACAUUAAAGUAUAAUAUAUAUGUACUGUA